AUGAAUAUGAGUCAAAUUCUUUCAUCUCCUCAAACUAUUCCUGCUGUUCUUAAUCCCGAAUCAAGCAUUUUAACCAUAAAUUCACAAAAUGUUAAUACAUCAACAAUACAAUUACCUCCUCUUAAAGAUAUUUCAACUUCUGAAAAAUGUACCUCUAUGCUAUCCGUAAAUAAGUUACCUCAAUUUCUAGAGCCUAUUCCUGUAUUUGAAAACUAUCGUUGCGAAAGUGCAUUUGUACCAAGGAUUUAUUCUUCAUUUAGUUCAAAGGAAACCCCUUCAUUAGUUCCAUCCUCUGCUUCUUCUUGUUCUGAAUCACCUAACCCCCCUUCUCCACUUCCCGAUGUAAAUAGUUCUAUUAGUCAUCAACAACGUACUUCUCCUAUAUCUUCUAUUAAUUCUUCACAAAUACCCUGUCGUUAUGCAUACUUACCAUCUAUUCAACCUAAACCUAAUACCAUUCCUCAUCAUGAACAACUCGUCUCCUCUAGAUGUCCUGUAGCACAUAAUAGCAAUUGGUCAAGAGAAAGUAGUAGCAUCCCAAUGGUCGAUGAAUCAGGUGCACCUUUAUCUCCUACCAUGAGAGCUGCUGCUGCUGCUGCUGCUGCUGCAUCCAUGCAAAACCACUCUGGCUCACUAGUUGCAGAUACCUUUAUCAAUUCAAUUAGUUUAUCUGCUGCGGAUGAAGAAGAGUUUUCAGCAAAAAAACAACGUCUAAAUCAUGGUCAUAUUACAUCAUCUUAUACUGGCGGUGUUUGUCCAUUUUCUAAAGAAAUUGCAAAUGGAAACAAACAGCCCUCUUUUGCUCGUGUAUCAUUUAUGUUACAUGGCACCAAACGUCCUUCGACAAUAGGUGCUGAUCAAAGAAUGUUUUUAACAAAGAAUGCACAUAUUAAGCGACCUCGUAAUGCUUGGAUUCACUUUCGUUGUCAUUAUGGUCAAGCUUUAAAAUCUCAAGAUCCUACUUUACGUGCAGAAGAAAUUUCAAAACGUGCUUCACGCCGCUGGGCUCGUUUAUCGGAAAAUGAAAAGAAGCCAUGGCAUGAUUUAGCAGAGCAGGAUAAACAGGCUCACAAGGCAGCAUUUCCCGAAUAUAGAUAUUGUCCAAGAAGAUCAAACACUGCAGCCAUGCUUGCUGCAAAGGAUGCUGCUGUGGUGCAACAACAACAACAAAAACCUGAGACAAACUCAAUGUACAAACCCAUUUCAUCCCAUAUUUAA